CCGCCUGGUUUCAUCAGUGCUACUUAAUAACUUAUAAGUUGGCUGCACUUUUACUAGUCCGCCCGUCCACCCGCUCACAUCGAGCAGCCAUGUCCGACGCAUUCGAUGUUAUACCCUUCCAGGAUAUCAAGGGCGACUGGAAGAAACUGGGAUCAGGCUCCUUUGGCAACGUCUACAAGGGCAACUAUCUCGGCAUUGAUGUCGCGAUCAAGGAGGUCGUCCCCUCCACCAGCUACGACGUCGCAAAGUACUUUGAGAGAGAAUGGCGGCUCAUGAAAGAAGCCCGCCACCCUAACGUCGUCCUCUACCUCGGCCUCUCUCGCGCACCUCCCCCAGAUAAUCGCAUCUUUAUUAUCUCAGAGUAUAUCGAGAAUGGUAAUCUGCGGAUGUACAUCUAUGACAAGAAACGCCCGUUCCCAUGGCAGUUGCGCAUGUCCUUCGCGACUGACAUCGCCCGCGCGCUCGCCUACCUCCAUGCACGCAAGUGCAUCCACCGCGACCUCAAGGGCGAGAACCUCCUCGUGACGGCCAAUGCCCGGCUUAAGAUCACCGAUUUUGGCUUCGCCCGCAUCGCAGCGCGCAACGAGGAGGAGAGCAAGCGGCUCACGUUCUGCGGCACGGACUCGUACAUGUCCCCGGAGAUCCUCAUGGGCGACGAGUUUGAUCUGCCCACAGACAUCUUCAGUCUCGGCGUCAUCUUCUGCGAGAUCGCGGCGCGCCGGCUCGCGGACGACGACCACUUCAAGCGGCAGGGCCCGACGUUCGGGAUCGAGGCGGAGGAGGUGAGGCGCCUGGCGAACCCGGACUGUCCGCCCGCGUUCGUCGAGCUGUGUCUUGAGUGCCUCGCGAUCGACCCGGCGAAGCGCCCCGACACGCGGCAGAUCCUGGAGCGGCUGCGGGAGAUUGAGGCGGAGGUGCUUAUGCGCGCGGAGGCCGGGGAGCUGCAUAUGGGCAGUGUGAAGUUCAUGACGGCCGGCGGGUCGAAGCGCCCGAGGGCGGCGCCGCGUAUACCGAGCUUUGGGCAGGGUAUUGGGAAGGAUAUAAGGCAGUCGCAGAUUGGGGAUGCGGCUGAGAAUGCGAUGUCGGGUGGGGAGGAGAGCAGCGAUGAGGAGGAGCUGAUGGAGGCUAUUUCUGGGCUGAAUGUUAGCUUGCAUUUGAACAGCGACUGGAGCGAGGCUACGGAUGGGCAUAAUGCCAGUGAUAACAGCGCACAACCGCUGAUUAACAGUACAUCGAGCAAGCUGUCGGAUUACAGCACUACUGUCAUCAGAGGACACCAUACCCCUACCGCGACGGAGACUCAGCCGCCGUCGCUCUCGUCUAUUCUGACUAUUCGGCCGGCGCAGAACCCGAACGGAACGGCGCUGCCCUCGACUCCUCCUCGCCCCACAGAGCCCUCUGUCAUUGAGAAUAGUAGCUCAUCGAUAGAGUCGCCUGUUACCGACUCGACCGGGAGUGGGUCCAAGGGCACCCAGAUGACGAACACGCCUCCGUCUACGACCACGAGCAGCAUGACGACGACACCUCCGACGGCCAACUCGCUCAUGUCGAUCGAGACGUACCGCACGGCGGAAUCGUCGACGGCGUCUACCACGGCGGCUACGAAGGGCUUUUCGUCGAUCAUGACGAAUAUUCCGCUUGUGCAUCGGUUCACCCUGCUGCGUCCCGGGACGAAGCGGACGAGCAUGAACGGGCAUGGGUCGCCUGCUGCGACGACGAAGGGCAGGUCGACGUCGCCGACGCGGCAAGGGGAGGCGGCGAGCUGGAGCCCGCUGGAGCUGCUCUUCUCGAGCGGGCUGUUGGUACAGAAGUGUGAUAUCUGUAUGAAGCGGAUCGGGUGGAAGCCGUGUUUGGAGUGUGAUGAUUGCGGACUGCGGACUCAUGUGAAGUGUGGCGAGCUUGCGCCGAGGGAUUGCGGGACGCGUGCGAUGAUGGGUAGGGCAGGGAACCAUAUUAUUCAUGGGCACGGGUCACCCCUUUCGAAGACCAACAAGCCGACCCCGAAACGCACGUCGUUGCCGGCCACGGGCGCUCCGCGUUAAUGUGUUUCUGGGUGUGGCAGCAUGGCACGGAUUUUUCCUUUCUUCUACUUGUAUGUGAUGACCUUAUGACCCGAGGACGUUUAUUCGGUGAUGCAUGAUGACUUUCCCCAUGGCUGGCCUGCGUUAGGACUGUUCUGUCGAGAAUUGCAUACACAGCAGAUGCGCAGGUUUCCGUUUUAUUGUAGUGUAACGAAUAUAUAAUUGC